GUUGGUGUCAUAGUGUUGUUGCUACAUCUCCUGCUAAAUUUUUCCUGGACUUUUAAUAAUUAAACAAAAUGGCAUCAUCGUAGAAGACAAACAAAAUGGCCACGACGAAACUGAAUGGUGCUUUCGACGCAGAUACGAAGAACGGAAAUAAUAAUUUUAGCAAUACAAAUAUAGAACAAAUUUAUAAAACUGUGAUAGAACGAACAGAGUUAGAUCCUAUGGAUAGAAACAUAGACGUUGAUAAAAGUUAUUGUAUAGAUUGUACAAAGAAAAUGACGAUCGAUGAUCACUGUAACGACUGUAAUCGUUUGUCGGAGAUACAACAGUUUUACAACGGAAAGAAUAUACUAAUCACUGGAGCUACUGGUUUCUUGGGUAAGAUCCUGGUGGAGAAGCUCCUGAGGUGCUGUCCCGGUGUGGAAAACAUAUAUCUUCUGGUGAGGCAGAAGCGAGGCAAGGACAUCUACACGAGGAUAGAAGAAAUAUUUGAAGACCCCGUUUUUAACCAACUCAAAGAUGAAGUACCAAAGUUCAGGCACAAAGUGGUUGUGAUACCAGCGGACUGCGAAGCGGCUGGCUUAGGACUUACGCUCAGUGACAGGCAAAUGCUCACUGAGAAGGUGAACAUAAUAUUCCAUUCGGCGGCAACGGUGAAGUUCGACGAGCACCUCCGAGCAGCGCUGGUCACCAACGUCCGCGCUCCGUUACACCUUUUGCGUCUCGCCAGGGAUAUGAAAGAUUUAAAAGUUAUGAUGCACAUAUCUACAGCGUAUUCAAACUCGCAUCUAUCCCGAAUAGAGGAGAAGUUUUAUCCUUGCGAGGCCGACUGCGAACAUCUUCACAACGUAAUCGACAAACUAACAGACUCGGAGAUUGACAAACUAUUACCAACAAUACUAGGAGAAUGGCCCAACACGUACACCUUCACCAAAGCACUGGCGGAGAAAGAGCUCCGGCUUAAUUCUAGCAACGUUCCGCUUGGAAUUUUUAGGCCAGCUAUAGUGAUUUCUACAGCCAAAGAGCCCCUCAAAUGUUGGUUGGACAACAUGUAUGGACCGACCGGCGUAGCAGUGGGGAGUGCGACCGGGAUGCUGCGUAUAUUACAGUGUGACGAAAACGUCACGGCCGACCUUGUUCCCGUCGAUUUUGUAGUGAAUUGUUUGAUGGCGUCCGCUCUUAGCGUACACAAGGCUUAUUCGAGCAGAGACGCAUAUGGAGACAGCUCUUAAACUGGUGACCCCGACGUGAUAGACGUGAUCGACGUGAUAUUAACACAGUAGUGGGCAAUUUUCGCGUGUGUUGUGAUCGGUCGGACAAUUCAUAAUAGUAACAUGAGUGUGCCGCUUCCGCCACCGCCACAAAACGUGCCGCUUGUUAACGUGCCACUCGUCCAGGACAUCCAGCUGCCCGCGCCACCGCCCAUUAUGGCGCCAGGUGUAGAUUCAGUGUCUCUACAGUCCCGGCUCUCGGACUUUUGGACGGAUCAGCCGCGCGUGUGGUUCGUACGCACGGAGGCUAUCCUCACACCGCAGAGGAUGAGCGAUGAGGCGAAGUUUGACCUAGUCGUGUCCAAGCUGAGUAAGGAGGUCAUCGCGCAAGUGACAGACAUAUUACUAAAUCCACCUCCUACCCACAAGUACGACGCACUUAAAGCUCGAUUGCUCCACAUCUAUGAGGAGUCAAUGUCGAGACAGAUCGAGAAGCUUAUGAGCGAGCUAGAGUUGGGCCAGCAGAAACCAUCCCAGCUGCUCCGUCGGAUGCGCGAGCUCGCUACUGAUAAGGUUCCUGAUGAAACUCUUCGCGUGCUGUGGCAGAAUCGUCUUCCGACACAGGUGCGAGCCGUGCUCACCGUGUCUGACUCCAAGGACUUAGACAACCUAGCAGCAGUCGCAGAUAACGUCAUGGAGGCUGUGCGGCCUUCCUAUGCCGCCGCCACUACCUGCGCUGCGCCAGCGCCGACAUCUUCUGCUGCCCUUGACUUGGCCCUGUUGAGGGCUGAGGUGGCUAAAAUAAAGGCUACAGUGAACCAGAUCGAUCAGCGGAGGUCGCGGUCUCGUCCCCCUGAUCGCACCCGUCAUCGUUCGCAGUCCCGGCGCCGUAGCGGUUCCCGCCGUCCCAAGAAGGAGAACUACUUGUGCUUUUACCACUACCGGUUCAGGGAGAAGGCAAACAAGUGUACGGAGCCGUGCGCGUGGAAACAUAAGCUGCCGGAAAACUGAGCGGCGAGGUACAGUCCGAGGAUCUCGAGGUCUGUACCAUUGUUCCAUUUGAUCGUUUGUGUGUGUCAGAUAUUAACUCUGGGCUUAGAUUUUUAGUCGACACAGGUGCCAAUGUGUCUGUUUUACCAGCUGUGAGAAAAGACCGUGCAAACCAGUGCAGUGAAUAUAAAUUAUACGCAGCUAACGGUAGUGAAAUCGUAACUUAUGGUACCAAGACACUAGUGUUAAAUUUAAACUUACGCCGACCUUAUCGUUGGGAAUUCGUGGUAGCAGAUGUCAAACAACCAAUUUUGGGCGCAGAUUUUUUAGCGUAUCACAGGUUACUAGUUGAUUUAAACGCGCGUAAAUUAAUAGAUAGAACCACAGAAUUGAAUGUUUCGGCAUCUGUUGUCAAGGUAUCCCAACCUAGUGUUAAAACUAUUGAUUUGAAUCAUCCGUAUCAAGAUUUAUUGUUAAAGUACCCGGACAUUACUAAACCGGCGUCAUUCCGAGAAACUGCGAAACACGAUGUCGUCCACCAUAUCGAGACCUCUGGUCCCCCCGUGCACGCGAAAGCGCGCCCGUUGCCACCCGACAGGUAUAAAAAAGUUAAAGAAGAAUUUCGCAUCAUGCAGGAACUGGGCAUCUGUCGUCCUUCGAAGAGCGCGUGGGCUAGUCCACUCCAUGUAGUUCCUAAGAAAAAUGGAGAUAUAAGACCUUGUGGGGAUUAUCGCCAGCUGAAUGCGAUAACAAAGCCCGACAGAUACCCGAUUCCUCGCUUGAAUGACUUUACUUUUAUUCUCCCGGAUAAAAAUAUAUUUUCGAAAUUAGAUAUUAAUAGAAGUUAUCAUUUUAUACCUGUCGCGCUAGGUGACGUGGAGAAAACCGCUAUCAUAACACCAUUUGGGCUUUUCGAGUUUCCCCGAAUGACCUUCGGUUUAAGGGGUGCAGCGCAAACCUUCCAGCGCUUUAUGGAUUCCAUUUUACAAGGGCUUGAUUUUGUCUUUUGUUAUUUAGAUGAUUUACUUAUCGCUAGUGACAACGAAGUUCAACACAGGCAGCAUUUAGAAAUAAUUUUUAAAAAGUUUAAUGAAUAUGGAAUUUCAAUUAAUUUGGCAAAAUGUUGUUUCGGACAAACAAAACUAGAAUUUUUGGGACACGAAAUUAGUACUGAAGGUGUCAGGCCGUUGCAAGAUAAGGUUCAGGCAAUUGUGGAAUUUCCGAAGCCGAAAACUAUUUCAGAGCUAAGACGUUUUCUCGGCAUGGUUAAUUUUUAUCGAUCUCAUCUCCCCAACGCUACUUUAUAUCUAACAGAAUUAAAUAAAUAUCUUAAAAGCUCAAAGAAAAAUGAUAAAACUCUUAUCGUCUGGAAUGAUAGUGCGAACGAAGCAUUUACGCAGUGUAAGGCAGGUCUCACACAGGCCGCUACAGUGACGUACCCUAGAGUGGAUUCCGCACUCGCUAUAAUGACUGACGCAUCUAAUACAUGCGUGGGAGCAGUCUUGCAACAAAAGGAAGGAGAUAUCUGGAAACCAUUGGGUUAUUUCUCAAAAAAAUUGACCACCACCCAACAGCGAUAUAGCACCUACGAUCGCGAGUUGCUCGCUAUAUACUUAGCUAUAAAACAUUUUCGGAAAUUAUUUGAAGGUCAAGAAAUAACCGUGUAUACGGACCAUAAACCUUUAACUUUUGCAUUUCAAAAGGUAGGACGCGAUGAAAGCGAAACGCCUCGGAGAACGAGACAUUUAGCUUUCAUAAGCGAGUUCACUACAAAUAUAAAACAUAUAACCGGUAAGAAUAACAUUGUAGCCGACACCUUAUCACGCGUCGAAGCCGUGAUUAUGCCAACUGCAUUGAAUUUCGAUGACAUUGCAAAUGAACAGCGUAGCGAUAGUUAUAUUACGAAUUUUAUGUCUGGUUUAAAUACCGAUAAUAUUUUGUUAAAAGAACUAGUUAUACCUAUGUUAGACAAGCCUAUUUUUUGUGAAAUGUCUACCAAUAUAGCUCGUCCGUACCUACCGGAAAAGUUUCGACGCCUAGCUUUUGAUAGUUUGCAUAAUUUGAGCCAUCCUGGAAUUCGGUCUACACGAAAAAUGUUAGCUAAAAAGUAUUUCUGGCCGAGUAUGAAUCGCGAUGUUUCUUUAUGGGCAAAAACGUGCAUACUAUGUCAACGUUCUAAAGUUAACAGACAUACGGUAUCGAAUUUGACUAAGUUUUCGGAAGUAGAUCGUUUCGAGCAUGUGCACAUCGAUAUCGUUGGCCCUCUUGAGAUUUCACCAGAUGGUUAUAGAUACUUACUCACGAUAAUUGAUAGGAGAACUAGGUGGGCCGAAGCAUUUCCGUUACGCGACAUUACGGCAGAAACUGUUGCCAAACAUUUAUAUGAGGGUUGGAUUUGUCGUUACGGUUGCCCGAUGAAGUUAACUAGCGACCAAGGUCGCCAGUUUGAGAGUAGUCUUUUUAACCAGCUGUUAAAAAUGUUGGGGGUUAAAAGAAUUCGAACUACUCCUUAUCACCCGCAAAGCAAUGGCGCAGUCGAACGUUGGCAUCGUUCUUUAAAGACAGCACUUUCGACUCGCCUGUCACAUGGAUCUUGGGUGGAAGAGCUACCCACGGUAUUACUGGGGCUUCGCGCGGCCGGCCGCAGCGAUUCAGGGGUUAGCGCCGCCGAGUUAACUUUCGGACGAAACUUACGUCUACCAGGAGACUUUUAUGGCAAUUCUUCGAACAACUGUAAUGUCAACGACUAUUGUUUAGUAGAUAAGAUUAGAGAUACUAUUCGUAGUUAUAAGCCUACAUCCGACAAUUCACGUAACUGUCAAAGUUUUUUUGUGCACAAAGACUUACGUAACUGUGAAUAUGUAUUUGUUCGGGACGAUUCAAUACGUAAACCUUUGAAACCACCCUACGACGGUCCAUAUCGCGUGAUCAAAAGGGCUUCAAAAGUUUACCUAAUUCAAUUACCCGAUAGGCAGGUACAUAUUUCUAUUGACAGAUUAAAGCCUGCAUAUGUGUUAAAGGAAUGCGAUGGUAACAUAACAACGCCAAGCGACAGUAACGCUGACAACGCAGCGGAUGUGGUGCCUGCGCAUGUACGGUUCGCGUUACCGCCGCCCACACCGGUGACAUCGUCGUCGCCCGGCCCUAGCAACCCGAUAAGCGUGAAAACAACGCGAAGUGGUCGCAUUGUUAAAUUACCUUCACGAUUUAAUAUAAGUUAGUGUUAACAUAAAAUGUAUUAUAUAUGCAAUAUAAUUACAUGUUUAAAUAAUAUUCAACUUAGCUAGUAUGGAUGUGAAAGUAUUAUUUGCAUUGUUAGGUGCAGAAUAUUUUCAUUCAGACUAUUCAAGUUACAUUACAAAUACAAAUUGAAUGUAAUUUUAGAUGUAUUGUGUUUUGUAUUUUGCGUUAUUUUGCGUGUACUGCAGUUUCAUUUAUGUUUAGGUAGUUAGUUUAGUUAUAAUGUAUUUCGUUUCAUUUGAAAUAUUUCCUUUGCAGAAGCAUUAGUGCUAAAAGUUUUACAAUUUUUACUAUGGGCAAUUAUCAAGAAAAACCAGUUAUUGUUUCUCAGGCUCAGAAUACUAUAGAGAAUAAAGUGGAUAAUUUUCAAAUAUGGUUAUAUGUGAUAGCCAGUUUUAUGGGAGCAAUAAUAUUGUACACUAUUUGGAUGAAGUUUAAUAAGAAGUUCAAAAACUGGCUUCGCCAUCAAGUGUUCAUGGCCAGCGUUCCAAUGUCGGGCCAGAAUAUGGGUCAGAUGAUAAGCGCCUCUAGCGCCAGUCUGCAGCACGCGCCCGCGCCUGCCGCGGCAGCCGCUCCCUUCACAGGGAUCUCCGUACAGCCCUGCGCUUCAGCGCAUUAACAAGUGUUUAUUAUAUAGUUUUAAGUUUUUGUAUUCUUUUUGUAAAGGGGGAAGUAAUGUAGGUGUGCUGCGCACACACAUGCAUAAGUAGUAAUGUUGUAUCUAGCUACCAUAUAUAUGUAUACUUAAUAAUAUUGUACCUCACUACUUAGUACUAAGAUUUUCAGUCAGUCAGACAGUAGCUAGUUGCCCGUCAACUGUAUUACACGCUCUUCUACAAUAAAUAUGUCAUUAAGUU